AUGGUGCUUUGUAACUUUGACGGCGGCCAGUGCGCACGGAUUACGGAGCUGUUGACGCUUGAGUGUUUCAAUACUGCUUCAAGAGAGCGAGGUAUUGGCUUAUGGGAUGGAAAGAUGUGCUCCAUCAUUAGACACCACAAGGCUCGACUGGCAACCAACAACGAGUUUUACGUCGUACGCUUCUUCUCCAAACCUGUCUCCCGGCUCAUAUUCCAGUACCUCGUCUACAUCCGGCCAGUCGCCAUAACAAUCUUGCUUAAAUGUUUUGAUAUUGAGCAUACCAACGCGCUUCUCUUCUCGCCGCUCUCUCAAUUACGGCAAAAAUCAACAACACCCUGGACCGCCUCAACAUUCACCAAGGAACUUCGGCGGCAUUGUAGUGCUGCCACUGGUAUUCCACCCGGCAUCGGGGUCCAGAUGUACCGUCAAAUCUCAAUUGCUAUCACGGAACGCCAUGUUCAUGCCGCUGCUGCACGCUUCAAUAGAUUUGGUGAUACGGCCGGGACGGCGGGGCAUGAAGUGGCUUAUGCAUGGCAGAGCGGACACAGGCCUAUGCAGCGGCAUACAACCUACGGUCUCGACGGCGCCUAUCCAGAUCAUCUUCAACCGGCGCUGCUCCGAGCUUAUGAACGAGUAUCGGCAAGCUGGCAAAACUUCUUAUGGGGAUGUGAUAAAAGUGGUGAACCCAGGUCCAUCCCCGUUGAGGCCGAUCGCGCCCAGUUGAACUACGCAAGCACUCAUCAUAGCCUUACACCAUCUCAAAAGCGGCCUUUCAUAUCAGAUUUAGAGGAAUCGCCCUCGAAUAACAAGCGACUGCGAUUGAUACCUGAUUUGUCGUCUGUGCGCGGUACUAUGUCGACUGAAGCAAUAGCACAGCCUAGUAGCGAAGAAUCACUGGUUAUUGGAAUCGAAGAAGACGUCAACUCGUUUACCUGUGACUAUAUGUCCAGACCGUCACCUGAGGGAGAUGAUAAGGCAGCCGAGCCCAUAAGCGACGAUGCACCGCUCAGAAUCGGGCCGUUCGUCCAUGUCGUCGAAUUAAACCUAGUUAUAUGCCUGGAUUGCAAGACAGCUAUCCUGGCUAGACAGGUAAAGGCACAUCUUGUCGAUCCCCUGCACCGUCAGCAUCUUACACUUAAAGAACGUCGGAACAUUAGUAACCAGAUCCUGGAGAUACCGAACAUACUCAAGGAUACAGAUGACUUACAGCACUGGAAGUUUCCACCUCCGGAGGCAGAGCCAGUACCGUAUCUCGAGCCGCCGCUGCAUAAUGGGCUAGGCUGCAAUUCCUGUCGUUACAUUGGACGAGAUCUUCGCCGGAUACGAGAGCACUACCGGCAAGAACAUAGUGAUGUUCUGGAGAGGGGUAACCCAGUAGACUUAAGCAGGCUAGACCAACAAUCACACCUGUGGAGAAAUGAUGUUACCUAUCAGCGCAUGUUUAGAGGCGGUCAAAAAAGUUCAUGUCUAUUUCGUUCUGAGUUUAUCCCAGAGCGAAGCACGUCGUCUCAGUCCGAUUGCCGAUAUGUGGGCACAGAGUUGAGGCGGAUUCGAGAACAUCUCAGGGUCAAGCAUAAUUGGGACAUGGAACUCAGAGGUGGACGUCGCUCAGCUGCCAUGACAGAUGAAGAAAGGAGCAACAAUCCGUGGAGAACAGGAGUCCGUUAUCAAGAAUUAUUCUUUAGUGGGCCGGGAAGCGAGCUAUUUGAGGUGGCAAGGGGACUAAAUCUCGAACAAUCAAGGGCUCAAGAUAACGAGUCACAAGCCGCACUCCAGAGGGCCAUUGAUGCAUUCCAGAGCAAGGGUAAAGAUAUUCGAAGUCGAGAAGCAGAGCGCAUCGAUGCGGAGAAUGACGUUACUGCACCGAACCCGUGGCUUCGUCGGCUCGGCUCUGCUCUCCACUUGAAGGACUUUAGUGGGAAGAAGGACUUCUUAAGGGACCUGAUCACUAUGGAAUAUGAAGUGGAUCCAAACGAACCAGACAAGUCAGACGAUGCUCAACUGCGAUCCAUACACAUUGCAUUUGAUCGGCUGUUUAACCAUGCCAAGGCCGUGGUCACUCCCAAUGUUGUAUCUUGGAACGCUCUAUUCGAGGUCAAUCGCAAAGAACUGAUGAAAGAGAGGAUAAAGCCAUUCCAUUUUCGGUUCAAGCCCGAAACGCAGAGGAGGUAUGCACUUGUGGUCAAGCAGUUACUCGCUUACAUCGUUCGAUGCAUGCACUUCGAUGACAAGGCCGAUCGGCCACCGUUUAAACUCAGCAUACGGCAACAGAGCGCUUACGAUACCGUGAUGGAAUAUGCAGACGACUUAAUCGACGCUUGGAGAGAAAACGGGGGUGAUCCAGAAGCGCCCGAGAUUGUCAGACUUCUUGAUCUACUAGAAACUGCCGUUCUCGAGCUAUACAUC